UACUGGAACCCUUGUUGCGAGUACCGCUACGGAGACGAUACUGGCUGCGAUAGGGCGAGACGGCCGCGGAUUAAUGACCGGAAGGUCCGUGGUUUAAACUCUACCUCUAUCUCUCGACUUUCGCUGUCUAGGCGUGGGCAACCUGGCAGUAUCCCAGCACCCGUGCAAGCUUCGGAUGGCAUGGAAGUUAGGCAUCGAAAUGGUGUUGCGGCUGAACAAACGUUUGCGAAUUCUCGUGGAUUCUUUCAGGCUACGGUCAACAACCAUCAGGAUGUCAUCGGUAGAGUGGUGUAUGGUCUAGAAUUUAUGGUCCUCCAACGACCAAACCAACUUUUGCCUGGCCCAUCGUAUGCGGUACCUCCAAACAGAAUGCGAAUAAAACCACAGAGAUCUUAG